CCGCGAGGGAGGGCAGCGGGAGCAGUGGGGCUGGGCGAGGAUCCCCGGGCCAGCCCAGCGGGCUCUGCCGUGGCGACAUUCCGGCCGACACUUGGGACCCUGCGGGCGGCGUCGCAGGUUGAGGAAGUGAAGAGAAUAGGCAUAAAUGGUGGGAAAUUUCCAUCAACUUGGAAAACACAAUAGAAUAAAUAAUUCUUGGCCACGAGGUGAGAGCCCAGAGAGUCACAAGGUCAAAGGAUCCUGUCCCAUUUGUCUGUGGUGACAGCCCCCCUCCCCCCAAAAAGGAACGCCUCACCCUUGAACAAUGCAAGUGUCCCUGGGAAGCUGAAAAGGUACAUGCAAAUGAUGAAAUAAAUCACAUCAUUUUAGAAAUUUCUGCUUGGCAGAUUAGCCAGACAAGAAGGGCCAAUCUAUCUACGUUCUGAGUGCUGCUGUCUACAAGACCCUCAUAACAGAGCUGAGGCCCAAGUCCAGCGUGCCACCAUACCCCACCCCAGACAUUACUCUGGGGUCUGCCCGAGGCCAUCAGUGUGAAGAUGACCAGUGCCUUCCUAGCAUGACUACCUUGGACCAUGUGAUUGCUACCCACCAGUCAGAGUGGGUCUCCUUCAAUGAGGAGCCACUCUUUCCUGUUCCUUCUGAGGGGGGCACCGAAGAGCACCUCCCAGGACUGUCUUCUUACUCAGACCGGUCUGAGAGCUCCUCUGGGGAGAACCAUGGGGCACAUGGAGGCUCUCAGGAACUUUCCCACUCAGAGCAGGAUGACUCCUCUGAAAAGUUGGGCCUCAUCUCUGAAGCGGCGUCCCCUCCUGGGAGCCCCGAGCAGCCCCCACCUGACCUGGCCCCGGCCUUCAGCAACUGGGUUCAGUUUGAAGAUGACACACCCUGGGCCAGCACGUCACCACCUCAUAAGGAAACAAGGGAGACAGCCAUACCAUUGACCAUGCCCUGCUGGACGUGCCCUUCCUUUGACUCCUUGAGGAGAUGCCCUCUAACCUCCGAGAGCAGCUGGACCACACAUUCUGAAGACACCAGUAGUCCUAGUUUUGAUCCCUCAUACGCCGACCUGCAGCUUAUCAAUGCGGAGGAACAGAUGAGUAGCAGGGCUUCUCAGGCUGACUUGACUGACGAGAGGACGGAGUGGCAGACAGGCAGGCAGACGGCGGUGAGUCCUGUUCAAGCAUGCACGGAGCAUACCUCUACCUGCACCCAAGUCCUGGACCCCUCACCACCCUUACCCCACCCCAGGAGGAGCCAGAGCCCCUGCGUGGGUCAGGAGGGGGCCUCUGCUCCCAAUGACAGUUCUUCCUCACUCCAGGAAGAUGAAGAGGUAGAGAUGGAGGCUGUCAGCUGGCCGGCCAGUAGUCCAGCCACGAAUGGACACCCUGCAACUCCAGUGACUUCUGCUCGUUUCCCCAGCUGGGUCACUUUUGAUGACAAUGAAGUCAGCUGCCCUUUGCCACCAGUCACCUCUCCCCUGAAGCCAAACCCACCACCUACUGCAUCUGUGAUCCCAGAUGUAUCUUAUCACUCAGCUGGGUCAUUUAAGAAGAGGGAACGUCCCAAGAGCACAUUGAUGAACUUUUCCAAAGUUCAGAAGCUGGACAUUUCCUCCUUAAACCAUCCGCCUUCCAUAACCGAGGCUCCACCUUGGAGGGCAACCAAUCCUUUCCUGAAUGAGACUCUGCAGGAUGUACAGCCUUCCCCCAUCAACCCUUUCAUUGCUUUUUUUGAGGAGCAGGAGAGACGCUCCCAAAACAAUUCCAUUUCCAGUGCCACAGGCAAAAGCCAAAGAGAUUCUCUCAUUGUCAUCUACCAAGAUGCCAUCAGUUUUGAUGACUCAAGCAAAAACCAGUCACACUCUGAUGCUGUUGAAAAACUCAAACAACUCCAGAUUGAUGAUCCUGAUCACUUAAGCAGUGCGACACUACCAGAUGAUGACCCGAAAGCCUGGAUUGAACUAGAUGACCACCCACCUGAUUCAAUGCUGUCCCAGCCCAGGGAUGGAUGGCCAAUGAUGCUAAGGAUCCCUGAGAAGAAAAACAUCAUGUCGUCUAGGCACUGGGGACCCAUCUACAUCAAACUGACAGACAGUGGUUACUUGCAGCUAUAUUAUGAGCAGGGUCUAGAAAAACCAUUCCGUGAGUUCAAGCUGGAGAUCUGCCAUGAAAUUUCGGAACCCCGGCUCCAAAACUAUGACGAGAAUGGCAGGAUCCACAGCUUGCGAAUAGACCGUGUCACCUACAAGGAGAAGAAGAAAUACCAGCCCAAACCUGCUGUGGCCCACACAGCAGAGAGGGAACAAGUGAUCAAGCUGGGCACCACCAAUUACGAUGACUUCCUCAGUUUCAUCCGAGCUGUUCAGGACCGGCUCAUGAAUCUACCAGUGUUGUCAAUGGACUUAAGCACAGUGGGCUUGAACUACCUUGAAGAGGAGAUUACUGUGGAUGUCAGGGAUGAGUUCUCUGGCAUUGUGAGCAAGGGAGACAACCAGAUUCUCCAGCACCAUGUCCUGACACGGAUCCACAUUCUGAGUUUCCUCUCUGGGCUUGCAGAGUGCCGCUUGGGCCUCAACGAUGUCCUUGUCAAAGGGAACGAAAUAGUUUCCCGGCAGGACAUCAUGCCGACCACCACCACAAAGUGGAUCAAGCUCCAUCAGUGCCAUUUUCAUGGGUGUGUGGAUGAGGAUGUAUUCAACAACUCACGGGUUAUUCUGUUCAACCCUUUGGACGCCUGCCGGUUUGAGCUAAUGCGGUUCAGGACAAUAUUUGCAGAAAAGACCUUGCCUUUCACUCUCAGGACAGCAGCAAGCAUCAAUGGGGCAGAGGUGGAGGUGCAGAGCUGGCUGAGGAUGUCAACCGGCUUCUCCUCUAACCGAGACCCUCUCACCCAGGUUCCCUGUGAGAAUGUGAUGGUUCGUUACCCCGUGCCCAGUGAGUGGGUGAAAAACUUCCGCAGGGAAAGUGUCCUGGGGGAAAAGUCUCUAAAAGCUAAAGUGAACCGGGGGGCAAGUUUUGGUUCAACUAGUGUAUCUGGCUCUGAGCCUGUCAUGAGAGUAACUCUGGGAACUGCCAAGUACGAGCAUGCCUUCAACUCCAUUGUGUGGAGGAUAAACCGACUGCCUGACAAAAACUCGGCUUCUGGUCACCCACACUGUUUCUUCUGCCACCUUGAACUUGGCUCUGACCGGGAAGUGCCUUCCAGAUUUGCCAGUCACGUGAAUGUUGAGUUCAGCAUGCCCACAACUUCUGCCUCUAAAGCUGCCGUAAGAUCCAUCUCUGUAGAAGACAAGACUGAUGUCAGGAAGUGGGUCAAUUAUUCUGCACACUACAGCUACAAGGUGGAAAUUGAGCAAAAAAAGAGUUUGAAGCCAGACUUUGAAGGAGAUGAAAUGGAAAAUCCCAAGGAGUGUGGGGUCCAGUGACAAAGCCCUACUGCAGGGGGCAUGACCCAAGUUCUCAUGAAUAGCUGAAGUUCAAGUCAGUACCUACCAUGACUACUCCAUGUUGGGAACAGUAUUUUGGACCUUCCUUUUGUAGUUACCUGUAUUUUAACAGGAAACCUUGAGGUGGUUGCUUUGGAGAGACCCUGAUAUGCCUGAUGAUGUACCUAGUUCACCUGACUUUUGGGGCUUAUUGUCUAAUUAAGCCUCCUUUUCUUCACUCUGCUUAUCUCACAGCUGUUGGGUGUGGUUUGUUGUCACUGUUGGAGUCAGGAAGAGAACCUUCCACAUGAGUGUUGGCCCCAUUUCCUUCUGAUGUUCAUCUGUCACUUACAUGAUU